UAUAUGACAAUAUAUGUACAUCCAUUGCAUUUGCAUUUUUUGCGUUCAUUCGUUUAUUUGUACUGUGAUCGUACAAUGGAAUAAAAUCUUAAAUAGGACUUGAUUCCUUGUAUUUAGUUACGUCAACAAGACCUUAAAUUAUUACAACUAAAGCAUUUACAAUGUUGAGGUUUCCUAAACUGGGAGCUGACCGCAAUAGCGAAUGGCGAUGCUGCUUCUGUCUCCAUGUUCGCACUGGCACCAUCCUACUGGGCUCAUGGCAUUUGAUGUUGCAUUUGGUGGCAUUGGGAUUCCUGGCAGCGAUAGUACGGGAUCCAAGACUAUUGGAUGAACUGGAACGUGAUGCGUCCCCUGUUGCCGAUUGGAGUGAUGUUGGUAAACCAAACAAUGCCCUGCCCACCCCAUUAUCUAAUGUGGAACCACCACCGAGUUCAUUCCCUCAACAUACCUACCAACCACGAGACCAUAGCUUAAUAUAUCACGAUGUGGAUGUGGGUGCACUGGUUACAGUGUGCACCCUGACCAUCACUCUUAUGCUGAUAUAUGGGGCUGCGCGCGGGAAGCCCGCGCACCUUCUGCCGUUCUUCUGUUUACAAAUUUUCGACUUCGCUAUAACAGUUUUAACGGCAACUGGCUACCUAUGCUACCUGCGCUCCAUCCACCGGCUGGUCGCGGAGACGAGGCGUGUUCCGUGGCGCGACCAACUGCUGCGGCUGCCCGCGCCUGCUCUCGCGCUCGUUGUACUCUCCGCCUUCCUCUUUGCCGUUCUGCUAAAGGGCUACUGCAUCAACGUGGUGUGGCGGUGCUACAAGUACCUGACGAUGCGCGCGCAUGCACUGCAGAGCCUGACGCCGUUCGUGAUCUCGGGCGAGGGAGCGCUGUCUGCGGCGCCGUACUGCGCGGCUCCGCCCGCGCCCGCGCCCUACUCCAGCCUGCUGCCCGACUACGAGGAGGCCGUCAAGCAGACCCCGCCGCCCUCCUACCGCGCCGCCACACUCAUGGCCUCCGCAGACCCCGCUCUCACCGCUCCAGAGACCCCACCAGCAGAUCAACAAUCAUCACAGCCUGCACUGACAACCAGCAACACAGUGGUGAUGCUACCCCAACAAGGGACCCAAGCUCGCGUCUGAAUUACAGCUGGAUCAGGGAUACUUUUAGUAGCAAUGUUAGACCACAGUUAUUAUAUUCAUUUAAGUUAUCUUUUUUAUGCCAAAUUAUUGUGUUAUAAUAUGAAAUGAUGUAUCAACUUGCUUUCGAACAUAAAUUCAUUCAAGGCAAGUAUUAUUCUGCAACUGUGUCUAAUAAUAUAAUUAUUGAAUAUUAUUGAUAUUAUUAAAAAUGAUCGAUAUUUCCAGUAAAACCAUAUGAAUUAUUUUAUCUGUUUAAUUACAUUGUAAUAUUAUCGCCGAUAAAUAUAUAACAAUCCAGACAAUCAAUAUUUUAAAACUUACACAAAAUAUCUUAAAUGCAUUUUUGUCAUCAGUGUCCUGUCACCAAAUUGUAAAAUUGGUGGCAUAGCUAUAUACAAUAGUAUAUUCACAAGACGCUGUAAAUCUUGCUUCUGCGUUGCCUGAGUGAGUUCAAUAUUAGAAAAGAACAUGUUAGUAAUAUCUCUCUCUCUCUCUCUUUUACAGCAGUGCAGUUAGUGAAUAAGAACAGUAACAUUAUAGUCAGAAUACGGUGAUUAUAGUCAAGCGUUUACGGAAGCACUAACUUUACAAAAAAAUAACAAAAACACAAACACCAAAUUUUUCGUGUUUAUAUUUUAGUUUGUCUAAUACCACAUUCCAGACACUAUAGUACCACAUAGUUUCAUAAUGUUUAAUAUGUGUAACAAUUUCUAUCUGAUUCGUGUUAUAUUUUUAUCGGCGGCUGAUUGGUUUUAUAGGCAUAAUAAUUUUUAUAAGUAAUUUUCAGUUAUUAAUAGUUACUUUGAAAUUAACUGAAUAAAUAAAGUCUUGUAACUUCGUCAUAAUA